AUGAUAACAACAAACAAGUUGAAGCCGAAUACUAUUGAGAAUCAUAUCAUUUCGAAAUUAUCUCAAGAUGUGUGGAUUUUCGGAAUAUUAGAAUUUCUUUCGGUGCUAGAUGUUGUGUUUGGCUUCGGAAGAACCUGUAAAUUAGUGAGAUAUGAAAUUGCAAAUGAAUGGCUUGUGAGAAAGACACAAAAGUUGCAAAUGAACACAAGUUCAUCUAAAACCUCAUCAGGCUCUACAUCUUUUCACAAUUCUCAAGUUACAUGGAAAAUACUGAAGGCUUACAAGUAUCAGUGCAAUGAUUUGGAUGAAGAAGAAGAAUUGAAUGGGUUAUUGAUUGAUCUUAUUCAACCUGCCUUUUUGAAAUAUUGUUUGAGAAAUUAUAUUUUGGAUUUGGUGCUAAAAUUUCAUUGCCAAUGGACGCAAGCUGGAAUCAUUGAAGCCGCUAACGGUGAUACAGUUAAUAACUCUUCUACAAAUUGUGUCAUUGAUAGUUCAAAUUCGUAUGCUAGAAUUUUCACACAAGAGAUGGAAUGCCUUCAAUUCUAUUUCUCUCACUUCACACAAUGUGUACCCAAAGAGGAAGAUACUGCAAACUCAGAAAAGUUGUCUCUUGUACACCAAUUAUUUUCACACAAAAACCAAAUCAGUGAUCCAUCCGACCAUGUUGAAAUUGUCAAGUCAUUGAUCAUUGGUGACGGAGGGGUUGGAAAGACUACUUUUUGCAAAUCAUUAAGCAGUUCGAAUUUUGAUCCUUAUCGAAAAUAUAUUCCUACCAUUGGAGUUGAAACCCACAACUACCGAUUCAACAUGGCUCCUAUGAGCAACAAACCACAAGGCGUUAAUACUCACCAUAGUAUUAAAAUGUCUCUAUGGGAUACAGCUGGACCAGAAAGGUUUGGGUCGUUGAGGGAUGGAUAUUAUUUAAACGCCAAAUAUGCAAUCAUUACAUUUGACCUGACCAGUAGAUGCACUUACAAAAACAUUCCAACAUGGAUUAGAAAUGUUCGAAGAGUAUGCCCUCAAUGUGAAAUUAUCAUUGUGGGAACAAAGAGCGAUUUACAAUGCAAAAUUUCCACCAAAGCUUUGCAUCACUUUCUUUCCCGAAAAUUCUUUCCCUACUUUGAAAGCAGCUCCAAAGUCGUGCCUCAACAUAAUCUUGCACUACCAUGGUAUUUUUCUUUCUUGGAUGCUUGCGUUGCCUCCUUUGUUAAGAAAACAAUAAAUUAG